GUCCAUAGUUUUCUUUGAUAUGUAUUUAUUUCUGUAAAUGAAUAAAUUAUUCAUUUUAUGUUGUACUGCUAAAUUUUUUAUCUUUGUAUUUUAUUAUCGAAAUCAAUUAAGAAUUCUUUGGAGUGCACCAAACUUUACAUUCUCUAUUCUCUUCGCUUUGGCAGUCGUUACGAAUGCCGGCCACUUGGCUCUGGCUACUGGGUACCCUCAUUCGUACGGACCUUAUGUUGUCGCUCCUCAGGCAUCGGCUUAUGUUAAGACGUUUGCUGCCCCGGCAGUCCUUAAGACUGUCGAUUAUGAGGCUCCAGCUGCAUACGAUUUUUCCUACGCAGUAAGUGAUCCUUAUAUUGGAGAUCAGAAGAGCCAAGUAGAAUUCCGACAUGGAAACAAUGUUCAUAGAUCAUCCAGUUUGAUUGAUGUAAAUGGAUUCAAAAGUACUCUUGAAUACACCACUGAUGAACACAAUGGAUUCAACGGUGUAGUUCGCCGGGAGCCUUUGGCUUAUCCCACUGCUGCUUCAUCCACUAAAGUAAUUGCUCCACUCGCAUCAGUUGCCAAGAUAGUCGGUGCUACUCCAGUUCAGUAUCCAGCUCCUUUUGGGAAGAUUGCUCCUCCUGUUAUUGCUACUGGACAUUAUGGUCGAUUUAUUGCUGGUGGUGCUGCUCCCUAUGCACCAACCGCGUAUACUGCCCAGGUUUAUUAUAAUUAAGUUAGAAUGUGGCUGUUAAAAGUUUUGACUGUUUCGAUUUGAGGAUGCAUUCAUAUCAUCCUGGAUGUAAAUAAAUCUGAUCUUUCACAAAAUUAA